UCACUGUGCAUCAACCCAUAAAAUAUCAUCCACCCUCACACGAACAAUAACAAUAUUUUAUUUUUUUUAAUUUAUUCGAUAAAUUUUUAUAGUUUUAGAAAUAAAAGUGAGUGAAAAGUAGUUUUCAAUGACAGUAAUAAUCCAGAAAUAUCAGUUUGGUCGUGCAAAACUUACAUUAUUCCUAUUUUGACGUGUGUUAUUUACAUUUGAUUAAGUGUAUAUUGUUUUAUAAUAGUUUAUAUUAUUUUUUUAAAUCUUAAUUAUAGAAAAAAGUAGUUCUACUUUAUAUUUGUGAACGCUAACGGACUGUAUAAUGUCAAAAUUAAAAAGAUUUAACUCAUAUAACAUGUUAUUGUGUUAAAGAGGAGAUAGUUAGGGAUAAUUAAAAAAAAAAAAAAAAAAAAAUGGAGCGUGGCAAGACAGGAACCGGACGAGGAGCGAAAAAUAAAAUCGCUCAACUUCCAUCGGAUUUAUUUGCUCUUGGCUCCAAAGGCGGUCGAAAUGAAAGUUCUGACUCCAAAAGACCUGGUGUUAUUCAUGGAAAAUCCGUUCCAAGUAGUUCAAGUUCCAGUUCAGAUCGUAAAAAAGAAGCACCAUCAGGCUCCUUACAAUCAAUGAUACCAGCAAAAAAGGCAAAAUUAUCAACACACGUUACACAUUCACGACCACCAACUUCAAGUGCAGAAGCAUGGGAGGUUGUUGCAAUUGAAUGUGAUCCACCGGAUUUAGUGCCAAUGGUACUUGAAGCAAAUGACAAUGAUGAAGGCGACAAAGUUAUUGGCUUAAUUUGCGGUGCAAUUAGAACUUUAAAAAAUCAACGAUGGAAACCAGAUACAUUACUCUAUAUGGGAUUGAUGUAUUUAGCAAAAAUACGUUCCUCCAUUUUUUCCAACGAUUGUAUAUUACACGCACUAUCGUCAUUAUUAAAACGAGAUCAAAGUCUUAAUUUUAAAAGUAAAGGCAAUCCACUUGUUUCUGUGCUUGCUGCCAAUUUAUUAAUGCGUGGAUUUUAUGAUAAAAAAAAUUGGCCCGAAGUCUUUGUGAAGCUCUACAUUGAUGAUGCACUUGGCGAUCGAGUUUGGAUAGACAAUGAAGAAUGUAAAGGAUUUGUUGAUAAUAUUUUAACUGGUUUUAAUACGAGAAUUCCACCAAAAAGUGCAUUGCAACUUGAAUUAAAUUUAUUAAAUCCAAGAGAUAGUCACAGUCCAACUGCAACUGAGGAUGACGAUAAUGGAAUAUCGUCCCUUCAUUUACCGGGUGAUAAAGAGAAAAAUGAAUUUUCAGUAAGUCCAAGAUAUGCUCAUUGUAUUGAUAAUAUUGAACAAAUUGUUCUCGAUGUUGUUAAAGAACAAUUAAAUCGUCGACAAUUAGAUUCAAUAACAAGAAAUUUUCUCAAACUACUCUCAUCAACUUGUGGUUUUGUUGAAAUUCGUAAUAUUGUUGUCUCAAGACUCGAAAUGUGGAUGCAUAAUCCAAAAAUAUUGAAACCAGCACAAGAAUUAUUGGUUUAUGUUUGUUACAAUUGUAUUUCACAUACGCAACGUGAUGUUGAAAUUAUUAGUCAACUGGUAAAAAUGAGACUGAAAAGUAAAAGUGUAAUUAAUCUUUAUCUAAAUGGUGUGAAAGAAAUGAUUGGUUUACAUCCAGAGAAUUUAUCAACAAUAAUGAAACACACAAUUUAUAAUGAAUUAUCAACAUCAAGAAAUCCAAAUAAUAUGCCAGUUUUGGGUGUAAUGUUUCAAUCGACGCCAGAAGCAUCGGCAAAAUUACUUGCCGAAAUAUUUCAAGAUUUAUUAAUGAAUCGUGAUGAUUAUUUACGUCCAUUACGAUCAUUAUUGAGAGAAAUAAUGCGUGUAUGUCGACAAGAUUUAAAUCUUAUUCCAUUUGCCAAACAACUUAUGAUUGAGAGACAGGAUUUGGUACAGCAAAUAAGAGUUUUUGAAUUUAAAGAUCGUGUUUUUAUGUCAAUAAUGGAUUUACUUUGUGUUUGUAUGCUAUUGGGAAUUAGUCCUCAAGUAAAAGAAGUUGCCGUUCAAGUUCAAAGGGGCGAUAAAAAAGAUAUUGCAGUACUUCAUCAAUUUCAUAAACUUGUUGCAACUAUUCAACAUGAGGCUGUUGUUUGGCUUCACACAACAGCGCCAAAAAUGUUUGGAAUUGGUAAAGAAAGUUUAUUGCAUUCUCUUCAAAAAAUUUUACUACUUGAAUCUCCCGAACAAUAUUAUAAAUUGGACAACUGGCCACCAGAAACGGACAGAAUAUUUUAUAUGAGACUCGUUUCUGAGAUUCCUCUAAUGCAGUGUACUUUAUUGAAACUUUUAUUAAUUGGACUCUCAAAAGAGAAUGGAAACAUUCAUAUGGAGACAUUGGAUUUGGUUGAUCAACUUGUUCGCCGAGCAGCUGCAAAUUCAAACGAAAGUCUUCCAACUUUAGAAGCAGAUAAUAUUAAUAUUAUUGAUUUGAUUUUUAAUCACUGUACAUAUCAAGCACCAGAAUCGAUCAGUAUUCCCGUUGGAUAUCAGCCACCAUCAUUAGCGAUAUCAAAUCUUUACUGGAAAGGAUGGACAAUUCUUUUAAUACUCGCAGCUCAUAAUCCUCAAUCAAUUGGAGGAGAAGCAUGGAACGAAUAUCCGAUUCUUCGUAUUUUAAUGGAAAUGUGCAUUACUAAUCACUUUUCGUAUCCACCACCAACAAUGGCUCUACCGGAAGUAAUAGAGCAAGAACGAUCAAAAGAAUUGCAAGUGGAAGCACUGGAGAAGCAAGAAAUUCUUGAAUAUGAAGCACAUUUGGCAGCGGCAACAAAUAGAAUGCAAAUAUCGGAACAAACAAGUUUACUUCUUCCACAAUUAAUAACAAUGGAUCCAAAAGGUAUUGCAAGAAAGCCACCACCAAUUGUUCUUGAACAAAUUCAAACAUUAAACACAACACAUCGUCUUGGACAUUUAUUGUGUCGUUCAAGAAAGCCAGAUUUUCUUUUGGAUAUUAUUCAACGACAACAGCAAAGUUCUUCUCAAAGUAUGCCAUGGCUUGCUGAUUUAGUUCAAAAUAGUGAAGGUUCAUUAAGUCAAUUACCAGUUCAAUGUCUUUGUGAAUUUCUUUUAUCAUCGAGUACACAAAAUGUGGAAAAACAAGCACGACAACAACAAUUACUUGCACAUCUUCAAACACUUUUAACUGAUGUUAAUGAAGAUCAACAACAUGCUUACGAAGUUUUGGAAUACUUUCUAAGAAGAUUGAGCAGUCAACAAACCAGUAGUCGAAUUCAAGCGAUUACUGGCUUAAAAAUGGUAUUGGACUCGAUUCCAUUGGAUGAGGAGCAAAUGGACAUUGACGGAAGAUCCGAUAAUGAAGUUUGGCUUCUCAGAAAAUUGCCAUCGAUUCCACAUUUUACGGCAGUUCGAUCUCUUGUAUCAACAGCAUUACGAGGUGCAUGUCAAGUGGAAAAUAAUCCUGAACUUGUGAGAGUUUACAUUCUCUAUUUAGCGGGACAUACCGUUGAAGAUGAACUUCCUGAAUUAAUAAAUUUAGCGAAUGAAAUUUCUCAACUUGUUGUUGAACGAAGUACAAUUGUUGCUGCAAUUCUUCCACAAUUUGAUAAUGAUAACGCUCAAACCAGGCAAACGCUUCACGCAUUUAUGGAUAUAUUUUGUAAUUAUUUACAAAAAGCUAGAGAACCAAGAGGUGAGGAUUCACGUGGUUUUACCUGGUGUGAGAGUCAAGAUUUAAUUUUAGUUCAAUGGAACAAUCGUGAACAAUGUACAAUGCAUAUUCUUGUUGUUCAUGCAAUGAUUAUUCUUUUGACCUACGAUUCGACUGAUGAGGAUUUAUUAUUUGCUGAACUAUUGGAAACUUGGUUUCCACUUAAUGAAGAACCACCGCGAGCAUUUCUUGUUGAUACAAGUGAAGAGGCAUUAUUAAUUCCCGAUUGGUUAAAAUUAAGAAUGAUUAGAAGCAAUAUUCCAAGAUUGGUGAAUGCUGCACUUGAGGAAUUGGAACCACAACAACUUGUAUUAUUUAUUCAAAGUUUUGGAAUUCCCGUCACUGCAAUGACAAGAUUAUUGCAUAUUUUAGAUCAAACUGUGCAAGUUAAUCCUGAUUCUGUUGGUGAAGUUGUUCUUGAUAAAAUUUACAUGGCACAGUUAGUGAAUAUUCUUCAUAAACGUGGGGCUUCUGGUGGUCUUGUUUUUAUGCAAGUUUUAGAAUUACAAGUGCCAGAACUUCCGGAAGAACAUUCACUUUCGGUGGGAAAACUUGUGGAGCCAUUGCCUCCAAGUGCAAUGAUUCAAAAGCAAUCUGUCAUUCAAUGCUCUGUUAAGACUGAUGUUCCUCAUCUAAUUAAUAGAAUUUUUAUUGAACCCGUACCAUCGAAUCAAAAAAUGGAUGCAUUUAGAAGAUUGCACAAAACACUUGUUAAAGAUUUACAAAAAUCAGCUAAAGAAAGUGGAUCAGUUAUUUUAGCGAUACAACAUAUUCUCAGUGUUUUGAGUUCAAUGCAAGUGAAACAAUUUUUAUCAUCUUUGGUUAAUUUACCAAAAUUUUCUUGCACUUUAAUGAGAGUUUUAUUAUUGCCAUUAAAAAAACCAUCGACAAUGAAACAAAUUGUUGAUCUUGCAAGGACAAUGUGUUUAAAUUUAAUUUCAUUAAUUGGAGAUGUAAAAGCGCCAAUUCUUUUGAUAUUACGUGAUUUUGCUAAUCUUCAAUUGUCAAAAGUACCAAAUAAAAAAGAAUUAAUCACAUUGACACAAACAAGAGAUCCUGCUUCUAUUUUGGAAAAUACCGAUGAUCUUAAUUUAGAGGAAGUUGGACGUAAAUUAUUGGAUGUUUGUUUAAGGCAACAGAAAAAUGAUGCAUUAGUUGAGGCAAUGGUAAAACUUUUGAUAUCAGAUAGUAAUGAAAAAAAUGUUAAACCACGAACGGGAUUAUUGCUUGAUUGGUUGGCGUCAGUUGAACCUGAAUUAAUAGGAACUUGUCGUAAUUUACAAAUGACACUUCUUUUUGGAAAAAUUAAUAUUAAUAUUAAAAUAAAUGAAAAUAUUGUUAAUGUUCAUUCAUGUAGGCCAUAUUUAUUGACACUUCUCACGCAUAGAGCAAGUUGGACAACAUUGUAUAAAUGCGUGAGUCAUCUUUUGGAAAAAUGUGACAAAGCAUAUGAUCCAACUGCUGUAUUAGAUUUUCUCUGGGCAUUGACUUGUAAUCCAAAAUUAUGGCGUGGUCGUGAUAAAUUCACUCCUAAGCAUUAUAUACCUGAAAAUGUUUUAUUAUUGACGGAACAACAACUUUUGAAUCUUGUGGCAUAUCUCGUUGAAGAGGGUGUUAAUAUUUGUAAUCAAGGAAAUAGAAAUUCAGCACUUAAUCAAAUGGAAUCGAGACUCACUUUACUUUUACAUUGUGUUUCAACUGAGGACCAACUCACUUGCAGUGUUGUCAAUUAUUUGGCAGAACAAAUGAUGGCAACUGACAAAAUAGAACAUUCCGAUAUGGCGCAUCAAUUUUUACUUCAUUUAUAUAUGAAAAUUCCAAAAGUCAUUUGUUUCCUUGAUACAUAUCAAACAAAGAAAUUUGUCGAUGGAGCAAGAAUAACAGAGUGGACUGGUUCAGUUUUGGAUUGUAUGAGUCAUUCUCUUUUAACAGCAUUGGCAGCGACGCCACGACAAAAAUCAUGGAAUUCAAAAUCACAAGAAUUUGAACUUUGUUCAAGAAAAAUGGCAACUGUUCAUCCUAUUCUUGUAUUACGACAACUUCCAAUGUUGGCAUCUUCACUCACUGGCAGAACAUAUUUGUCCUUUUCACAAUUUAGAUCUGGUCAUCAUUUAAAUCUCUUUAAUCAAGUUAUGGGUUUAUUGGAAUUAUUGCAACCACAUUUAUUUAAUGAAGAUCAUAGACCUGCUUUGGAAAAUACAUUGGAAAAUUAUUUUCAAUGUUUCCAGAAUUACAUGCCAGUUAAAGAUUUAGAUCAGUUGUUUAAUCGAUUUGUAACUUUGCUGCAAGCUUACAUUUCUCAAGGUGGUCAAAGAGCGUUGAAAUAUCUUCAAAAACAUGCACAUGUUCUCUACGAAUUACAAAGUCGUCCUGGAUUAAAUAGUUUACGGACUUUAAUGUCAGGAAUUCCAGUUCCAAGAGAAGGCGAAGAUGACGACGAUGCUUUGGUUAUAGUUGCACCUGUUCUUCCUCCUCCUGAGCCACUGUUUACACAACAGUUUUCAGCUUCGCUACCGACACUUAAGAAACUUUAUGGGGAUGAUGUACUUGACGUUCUUCAUGAAAUUGAAAGUUCAUCUUCUCGUAAACCAGCGAUUUUAGAGCCAAUAAUUGACAAUAUUGCAGAUCUGUUGGUUUCGCCGCAAGGCAACAUCAGAGCGAUGGCACAUAAUUUAAUAGCAAAAGUUCUGAAACAUCGGCCUAGUCCAAAUUUAAAUAUACUGGCUGCCUUUCAAAGGUGCUUGGACAGUCCUCGAGCAGAUGUGCUCAUGUCGGCUUUAGAUAGGUUACCAGAUAUUGUCUUGUGUAUGCAAGAACACGCACUACCUCUAAUGCAAAAAGUUUUUGAACUUGGUGUAAAUUCCAAUGUAAAUACUGUUCCUUAUAUUAAUAAGAGCAUAGCUCUUUUGAAUACGCAACAAGGCUGUUAAUUGUAAAGGUAAAAAUUAUGUUUUCAUAAAAGAUUAUUUAAAAUAAAAUUCAGUGACUGAUAUAUACGUUAACAAUUAAA